AUGUCGAAAACGGAGCCACGUAUUCACCCCUUGGCAAGUGACACAAGCCAUACACAGUUAGAUAGUCAUGAUAUUGAUUUACAAGCAGCUAGAUCAAACCCUUUGUCCAUAGGUGAAGUUGGAACAACACUAACGAAUGCUCAAAAGGACUUUGUCUUGGCAAGAUUGCAUUUUGAUGCCUUGGACUCGUUUGAGGAUUUACCCCCACAGGCAACAUUUGUAUUUGAAAAGAUUGAGGAAAUGAAAACUGAAGAAGCAAUCAAAAUCUUGCAAGAGGCUGUAAAGGAGCACAAUGAUGAUAUCAAUAUUCUGGAUGAAGAUUUGGACUUGUGGAAGAAACUCAUCAACUAUAAAGAGCCAAAACAACUGUUUAAGGAUAAGCUUCGUCAUUUUUUUGAAAAAUCUAAAUCUAAAGAGAAAACAGAGGAGCUUUCAAGUGCAUCAGAUGUUGAAGUUGAACAUCAGCAAGUCUCAGAUUCUCAAAAGAAGCCAAGUUCCGAAAAGCAAACUCAUUCAAACGAAAAGGAAAUAAAGCAACCAUCAGAGCAGGCUGGACAUGCAAAUGUUUUGAGUGAAGUCAAUGAGCACAAAUUAGAUACCCACGAGAUUGUUGAUUGGAAUCUUCAAGUAAGGUUGGAAGCAGUUAUUAUUGCAUAUUGGUCCCCAUAUCCGCAAGUUAGAGCAGUCACUGAUCCCUUUGACGAUCCAACCAUCCCUGUGGAAACUUUGAGAAUGUACAUCAUUUCCAUAGUAUGGA